CCCAAUUUGCUUUGUAAUUUAAGUUUUUCUUACGCCCCCUUCCACGUCGACUUGCCCUAUCGCCAUAUUUCAACUCGUUGCCUCAAGAAAGGGAUAGUGAAGCCGGUUAAAUAAGUUAGCUAGAAAGCUAGUUUAAACCAGAAAAAGUUCUCAACAGUAGACUUUAGGGUCUUAAAAGUCAUUUUCACCGGUGUCAAAAGAAGGCAUCAGCUCUAGUAAUGAACAUCUUCAGGUUUACGGGAGACCUCUCUCACUUGGCAGCUAUCAUCAUUCUCCUGCUCAAAAUAUGGAAAACCAGGUCGUGUGCUGGUGAGUAACGUUAUAUUACCUACUAAAAUGUAACUUGAACGUUUUAUAUUUCUUCCAAUGACUGUUAUUGGCUAUGUACUGUCUACAUAUGUAGUUAGUUAGCCGUCUGUCCAUAUUCCAACCUAUCUAGUUAGCUGGCUGUAGUUUAGAUCCCUGUAGACCGCUAGCUAGCUAACAUGGAUAGUUAACGCGUUAGCUAACUAGCGUUAUAUUCCUAACCUACUACUAGCUAGCUAUGUAGCUGCUAGCUACAGAACAAACAUGCAACGAAUGGCAUUUAAGUGCUGAUCAAUAUAUAAUGCAUCAUGAAACAAAAGUAUAUGCAGAUCAUGUGUGCACUGAAAUGUUCGCUAGCUAGUUAGCUUGAAUUGGUUGAACGUUAGCUACUUAACCACAGUAGCAUGUCAACUUGCUAGCUGUCUUUUCUAGCGCGGCAACUUGGAUUGCUUGGAUUUGACGUUAACUAGCUAGCUAAACGGAUUAAUGUUUAAUCAAAGCCUUCCUUGAGUAUCUGUUUUCCACCUAUGACAUAGGCUAUGUAACUGUUAGCUAGCUAACUUGUUAUGCAAAACAUGUUAGCUACGGUAUCUAACUAGCUAGCUACUUGUAACAGCCAAAAUAGUCGAUGAUAAAAAUAUAAAAAAUCGAUUGAUCAUAAAGUGAUGCAAGUUUGGACACUGUACCUUGUUGUCAGGUGAGGUAUUUAUGAAUAACUACUGUUUAAACAUUCUGUCUAGUGUCAACUUUGUUUUCUGCAACAGUCUGGCAUGUGAGUACACUCAAUGUAGCCUGGCGUUUGAUUGUUUGGUCUGGACUCUGACGUGGCAUUCAAAGUCCCAGAAAUUAACUGGUUAGGUGGCAAGGAAUCAAUGCAUUCUCACUCAAAAGUAGUCGACACUGCUACAUUUGUCUCAAAUUUGCUGAACACAUCCUAUAUUCUAAACACUCACACACGUUUCUCUCAUCGACCUUGCAUGCAUCGGAUGCAUUGGCAUGGCGCCCCUUUGAGGUCCGCAGAGGAAGGGGAGCCAGCAGGCCAGAGGUGGAUGAACGCAAUGUCCUCGUUUGGGUGUAGGGACUGAUCAGAGCCUGAAGGUACAGGGGUGCCGUUCCCCUCACUGCUCCAAAGGCAAGCACCAUGGUCUUGUAGCGGAUGCGAGCUUCAAUUGGAAGCCAGUGGAGUGUGCGGAGGAGGGGGGGUGACGUGAGAGAACUUGGGAAGGUUGAACACCAGACGGGCUGCGGCAUUCUGGAUGAGUUGUAGGGGUUUAAUGGCACAGGCAGGGAGCCCAGCCAACAGCGAGUUGCAGUAGUCCAGACGGGAGAUGACAAGUGCCUGGACCAGGACCUGCGCCGCUUCCUGUGUAAGGCAGGGUCGCACUCUCCGAAUGUUGUAGAGCAUGAACCUGCAGGAGCGGGUCACCGCCUUGAUGUUGGCGGAGAACGACAGGGUGUUGUCCAGGGUCACGCCUAGGCUCUUCGCACUCUGGGAGGAGGACACAGCGGAGUUGUCUACCGUGAUGGCGAGAUCAUGGAACGGGCAGUCCUUCCCGGGGAGGACAUUAGAAUCUUCAGGUUUAUAGCAUCUUCCCAUUCAGUUUAUGGAUGGGACAGUGUAAGAUUGAGACCCUGGGGUUUUGUGAACAUAUUCUAUUACAGAAGCAAGUGCAUGUUGGUCUGAUCCUGAUAGCUCCAACUUAAAAUUCAUAACGUCUUGUGAGGGGUGUGUCUUUUUCUAAUACCAGUCACUCUAAUAUAUGGAAUAAAUACGAUUUCUUGUGAACAUUACGAUUAGGCCUACAUGGAGAUAAAUUAGUUGCUAGGUGAUCACCCUAGUCUUGAGAUGCUGCUGCAUUUCUUGAUGUAGUUUCAGCAAACAGAUGCAGUUUAUUUACCCUCUAGUCAGACAGGUUUGACUCACUCACAUUUCCAACUGCAGUCAGUAAGGUACUAUCACACUUGCAGCCCUGACAGGGCAGGGGCUUGCAAAGGAAGACUAUUUUAGAAGUUGUGAAGACCUUGCCUUUCUUCCUGAACUUGUUCUUGAAGUGAUGCAAAACUAGAAGAAUCAUUUCUUAAUAAUUUCCUUCCCGAUAUUAUCCGUCCUACUGUUGUUGUAAAACUGGUUGUCUCUUCCAGGUAUCUCCGGGAAGAGCCAGAUCCUGUUUGCUUUGGUCUUCACUACUCGCUACCUGGACCUACUCACCUCCUUCAUCUCCCUCUACAACACCACCAUGAAGGUAAGAGGAUGGCUGGGCCUUAAUACUGAGCCUUCCUUUCCUUCUCCAUACCUCCAAACCACUGAUAGUAUUGAUUAAGUGUUAUGAGUUGGGCCAGGCGGAAUCUGUGGAACCUCUUACAGAGUUGUCUGCAUAAGCACUUGACAGUCAUCACCAAAUCUUUCAGGGCUUCAGAUAAGUAAUCUCUCUGUAGAUUUCAUCUGGCCCUAGUCCUUAGGAGAGACGGUCUAGACUGUGCUACUAUUUUCUUCACAGCACCAUUAUCAUGGGAUACACUCAUUUUCUCCCUCUCCUCUUCCCUGCAGGUGAUUUACAUCGGUUGUGCCUACGCCACUGUCUACCUGAUCUACAUGAAGUUCAAGGCCACCUACGAUGGGAACCACGACAGCUUCCGGAUGGAGUUCCUGGUGGUUCCUGUAGGGGGCCUCGCCUGCCUGGUCAACCAUGACUUCUCUUUCCUAGAGGUUACAGACAUUUACGUUACAUAUGAACGAGAGACCCCUAGUUGGCUACUUAACCUAUUCCGCAUGGUCAGUUGUGAGAGAGCUGGCGGAUGAGAUUAAUGGCUAAUAUACAGUGUUGUGUGUUUGUCUUUCUAUCAGAUCCUGUGGACAUUCUCCAUCUACCUGGAGUCGGUGACCAUCCUGCCACAGCUCUUCAUGAUCAGUAAGACGGGCGAGGCGGAGACCAUCACCACCCACUACCUGUUCUUCCUGGGUCUCUACCGGGCCCUGUACCUCUUCAACUGGAUCUGGCGCUUUUACUUCGAGGGUUUCUUUGACAUGAUCGCCAUUGUGGCCGGCGUGGUGCAGACCAUCCUCUACUGCGACUUCUUCUACCUUUAUGUCACUAAAGGUGAGUGUCCACCUAAAUGUCCAUCUCUGAUUUCUGUUCUGCCAUAUGUGUAUUCGCUGUUUGACCUUCUGGUAUUUUAUGUAUGCGUGUGUAAUUGAUGGUUGAGUUUGUAGGACUACAUCAUAUCCUAAAUGAGUUAUAAUCCAUCUAUAUACAGUUUGAAUGUUGUAGUGCACAGGAGUCAGCACAUUGCAAUGGAAAUACAUUUGGAAAAAAAAUAUUGGGCCCUCUGACAUGUAUCUCUAUAAUCCUCAGUGCUGAAAGGAAAGAAGCUGAGCCUGCCAGCAUGAGAGGUUCAGACGGAGACCCCGUGUCUCCCAGCAGACUCAGGGUGCGUGGAGAUGACAUCACGGAACCCCGCCGAGCGAGCACAAGAUGCCUGAGAGACAGAGCAACUCAAGGGAAAAAACACUAGUCUUCUUCAUGAGUAACUUUGAACUUGUAAACAACAAACAGCUCCAGAACUGAAUGAGAGGUCAUCCCAGGUCUUCACGCGGUCUUCGGAUAUCUGUGUUUAGCAUCUUGCCUUACCUUUUCUCAUUGCUGUUCAAAAUAGAAAGAAACCAUAUUUUUUUCGACAUGUGAGGUGUGCUCUUUAUGAUGGCUCAACAUGCAUUGUAUCGAUUAGGGUUGACUCAAUGCAAAGUACCAUGCCAAACUUCUUAAUGAAAUGCACAAAUGUAGUCUUUAUGAUUAAGAUGGAAGCGAUGUGUCUAGGAGUGUUAGGUAAUGAUGAUUUUAUGUCUUACUAUUACAUUGUUGUUUUUACAUGACUACCCCCUUGGCCAAUUUAUUAUUCACAAGUACAUUUACUUAUCUGUUUUGUAGGUGCUCUUUCCUUUGGAGAUCCCAGUUUGUACUCCUGUCUUGAAAAAGUUAUCCUGCAAAGCCCACUUCCUGGUUCUUGUGUUCAUAGAUCCCUUUGCCCAAUUAUUUUUUUCAGUUGACCUUCUUCAUCUUGGUGUCCUCCGUUAUGUACGUACUUGCCAUUCUAAGAUGAAGUUCCCAUCUUAACAUGAUAAAUAUCACCUUUCACAUCACCAACCAAAAGAAGAGUUUAUUGCAUUACUUCGGCCUAGCCUCAGCUUGUUCAACAAUGGAUGAUUGUAAGUAAUUUAGGCGUCCGUAUCAGUAAAUGUGCUUCCUGAUAGGGCUAUUUGGUUUGUUUUCAACGCAGUCCUAGACUAAGGUUAAUUUGGUAUUGAUUGAAUACUGUAAUCGCCUUACAUGGUCAGUUGUCUGUUUAGCUGUUUAAAUAAAGAUGCAGUCAUUUGUCACAGAGAUAAAACACCCAUUGAAAUGUAAAUGAUAUUCUAGAACAGGGUUGAGGAAUGUGUGUGAUAUAUGGUGUUUGGUAUGGAUGCAUUUGAGUUAAAUGUUGAGAUUUGACCCAUUAUCCCAGCUAAGUACACCCCCAUAGCCUUUUCAUUUGAGUCAUUCCUAUAGCUUCCUUUUUAAAAGUUGCAUGAUACCUGGAUACCACCUCACCUCCAAUAAACGUUUUAUGAAAAAACA